AUGCAUUCCCUGGACGAGCCCCUGGACCUCAAGCUGAGUGUCUCCAAACUGCCGGCCGUGCGAGAGAAGCGUGACUGGACCCCGAGCAGCACCAAGGGCCGAGCUCCGUGCCCGGUCUCACAGGACAAGGGCUACCUGGCAGUGGGCCCAGGCUCCCCUCCGGAUGGCUUCCAGCCACACCCCCAAUGCCAAGACAAGAGAGACCAUCGGUUCUCGCCUCCCACUGUUGACCUGAGCCUGUCCCCUUCUCCGCCAGGCCGGGACUCCACCCCCAGCGGCAGCACAUCCACCUCCCCGGACAGGCAGAGCAAUGGGGAGCUGGUGAACUGCACCAGCUUGCGUGAUCUGCAGUCCCUGCGCUACCUUGACAGCCUCCGCAGCUCCUUCCAGUUCUUCCUACCUCUGAACUCAGGAGGGUCCCUGCACCUGCCUGCCUCCGCUUUCCUGGCGCCCUCCAAGGAGAAGCGGCUCUCUUUGGAUGCGGCUGUGCAGAAGCAGCUGGUGUGCCGCUGGUCGAAGUGCAACCAGCUGUUUGAUCUCCUGCAAGACCUUGUGGACCAUGUCAAUGACUUUCAUGUGAAGCCAGAGAAGGAUGCUGGCUAUCGUUGCCACUGGGAGGGUUGUGCCCGCCAUGGCCGGGGCUUCAAUGCCAGGUACAAAAUGCUGAUCCACAUCCGUACGCACACCAAUGAGAAGCCCCAUCGCUGCCCCACCUGCAACAAGAGCUUCUCCCGGCUAGAAAACCUGAAGAUCCACAACCGCUCCCACACAGGGGAGAAGCCCUAUCUCUGCCCCUAUGAAGGCUGCAGCAAGCGCUACUCCAACUCCAGCGACCGCUUCAAGCACACCCGCACCCACUAUGUGGACAAGCCCUACCACUGCAAGAUGCCCGGGUGCCACAAGCGCUACACCGACCCCAGCUCUCUCCGCAAGCAUAUCAAGGCCCAUGGGCACUUCAUCACCCGCGAGCAGCAGGAGCUGCUGAAGCUGCAGCUCCCCACCAAGCCCCCCUCCCUCAUGGCCGACAGGCCGUACCUCGGUGGGGCACAGAUCAUCGUGCCUACCCCGGCCGCCCUCUUUGGCAGCCACAGCCUGCCUCUCCCGCUCCCCCAGGCCCCCCUGGAUCUCAGCACCUUAACCUGCGGCGGGCUGGGUACAGCUGCCAUCGCGGGCCUGCCCAGCCCCACACUUGCCCCUUUGAACUUGGCCAAGAACCCCCUGCUGGCCUCCCCUUUCUCAGUGGGCAGCCUGGGGCUGCCGGUGAUGUCCUUGCUGGCCGGCACCUCUGCCAAGGCAGGUGCUGAGCGAGGGCAGGAAAGCAGGGCCCGGCCCGUCAGAGGGGACUUUGGCAGCAGCAGCCAGUCAGCAGGGUUGCAGCGAUGCAAGGAGGCCAGUGAGAGAGUGAAACUGGCCAGGCUGCGGACAACCACGGACAGCCUCUCGCUGCUCCCUGGGGGCGUCCUGGACCUGUCCACUGGCAUGAACUCCGGGGCAACCGCUGAAGCUCUGCCACCAGGCUGGGUGGUAAUCCCAGCUGGCUCCAUUUUGCUGAAGGAAGCUGUGGUGAGUUAAGUAGGGAAGAGCAAAGAGGAGGACUGGAAGGGGACACCAUCUUGCCCAGAGAC